CAAAAUUAUAAGUCGAUGUCGAGUUGUUGAGAGUGACGUCCUUGUGACUUUUUACUUUCUAGAGAAUUGAGAGUUCAAUUCAAACAAAUGUUAAUCAUCAUAGAUAUAUAAAAUACAAAACAAUUACUUAUUAUCAUAAAAUGAUUUAAUGAUUUUUUAAUAUAUAUAAUAUAUAUAAUCCGUUGCGCUGACUUUCAAUUAUUUUAUUAAUAUCAAAAUAAGUAGAAUUCCUUGAUAAUGAGUUUAGUUGGAAAAAAGUGCGAAUCAAUAUCCCUUGCAGAAACAAACAGAGACGAUGUAAUUCGUAACGAUGUAACGCCGGAGGAUGUUUUACGAUUGGAUAAAAUUACGGAUACAUAUUUAUGUAGUCCCGAGGCCAAUGUUUAUGAUAUAGAUUUUACAAGAUUUAAAAUACGUGAUCUUGAAACUGGCACUGUGUUAUUUGAGAUUGCUAAACCACCAACAGAUUUUGGUGUUGAUAACGAUGGAACAGAAGAUGUCCAGGAAGAACCCUUAGAUCCAAAUGCCGGAAGAUUCGUGCGCUACCAAUUUACACCGCAAUUUUUAAAACUCAAAACUGUAGGGGCUACGGUUGAAUUUACAGUAGGUGCUCGUCCCGUGAAUCAUUUCAGAAUGAUUGAAAAACAUUUUUUCAGAGAUACGUUAUUGAAGACAUUUGAUUUUGAAUUUGGUUUUUGCAUUCCAUUUUCAAGGAACACAUGUGAACAUAUUUAUGAAUUUCCUUCUUUACCACCUGAUCUAGUGGAAGAGAUGAUUGCUGCACCAUUUGAAACUUGUUCUGACAGUUUCUACUUUGUGGACAAUCACCUGGUCAUGCAUAACAAAGCUGAUUAUGCCUACAAUGGGGGUAUAAACAAUUAAAAAACAAAUGUAUAUUUCUUGUCACAAUUUAAUGAAAAUAAGCACUAAAUUUUUUUUUAACAUAAGUAUUAAUGGUAUGCAUAUUAUUCAUAAAUUUAAUUUUGAUACAAAAUUUAACAUUG